AUGUCAUAUUACGAACGGGAGUCCUGGGCGGUGGACCUAAGUAAGAAGGUCGAUCAACGGAUGCGUGUACAAUUAGCGCAUGUCGUGAUGUUUUUCGGUGUUAAAGCUGAUAAACCUGAGGACCGGAUUUCGGAAGGACAAAGCGGAAUAGUCGUGAAAGGCUGGCUAAUCCCCCGAAAUCGCGGGAAACUCUUAGACCGAACACUGUCGCAGCGUCUUCCGGUGGCGGUUAAAAUGCUGCGGGAAGCACAUCCCGACCACCGCAGUAUUGCCGGGUUCCUGACGGAAAUGAGUAUCCUUAUGAAGGUCGGCCGUCAUGUCAAUAUUGUCAAUUUGGAAGGCGUGGUCCUGCGAGGGCGAUUGAAAAUCGUUAUGGAAUACUGCGAGCUUGGAGCUUUAGACGGUUUCCUUAGAAAGCUAAAAGGCGCGACGACGGCGGAGUCUAAAGAAGUCGUUCGGCUGGUCAACGGUUACGUCGCCUUUGAGAAGAACCAAGAUAACCAGCUUGUCGCCACACCGGAUGUGACCGAGCUAAUAUGCAUCGCCCACCAGAUCAGUCGCGGCAUGGCGUUCUUGUCAGAGAAGAACAUUAUCCAUCGUGACUUAGCCGCGCGCAACAUCGUGCUGACGGUUGACCGAAUUGUGAAGAUCUGCGAUUUCGGCAUGGCCAGGGAGCAGCCACAGUACGUUCUCGAACGAGAUAAGGCGUUGUGA